GGAGGAGCGCGUCGUCUGCUGUGGGGCAGCGAUCAGCUGGUGGCGAGGUGCAGACGGGACCAGGCACUGGGUGCAGUUUUUCCUCUUCCUCCUCCUCCUCCUCUUUCUCCCAGCAGGCCACCAUGGGGAUGACACGCAUUUUGCAGGGCAUCAUGAGGUACAGGAACACGUACAGGGAAAAAAUGGUGAAGCAAUUUGAAGUGGUGCGGGAUGAUCCACAUCCCAAAGCAGUCUUCUUCACGUGCAUUGACAGUCGCAUGCUUCCCACCAGGUUCACGCAGACCAAUGUUGGAGACAUGUUUAUUGUGCGUAAUGCAGGGAACCUGGUGCCUCAUGCCAACCUGAGUGGACAUGAAGAGAUUACCACAGAGCCUGCUGCACUUGAGCUGGGGUGUGUCAUCAACGGCAUCAAGCACGUCAUUGUUUGCGGUCACUCAGACUGCAAGGCUAUGAACAUGCUGCACAUGAUGCGCAACAGUGACCGCACACUGCAAGAAAUGCUCAAGUUGUCCCCACUCAAGGCUUGGCUAGUGCGUCAUGGCCACUCGUCCAUCGUCAAGUUUGCUCAGCUGGAGGUGUCCGACUUUCAAGCCCCAUUAGUGUUUCAGGCUGAGACUCCGAUGAGGCGCUUUAUUGCAUACAUUGAUCCUGACAAUCGCUUCACUGUGGAGGACAAGCUGUCUCAGGUCAACACCCUCCAGCAGCUGCAGAACAUUGCCAGCUACAACUUCAUGCGAGAGGGCCUCUUGAGGAAUCGGGUCUACAUCCAUGCCCUUUGGUUUGACAUCUAUACCGGUGACAUCUACUACUUCUCACGCCAGCAGAAGAUGUUUGUUGACAUUAAUGAGACCAACAUAGAAAAGCUCCUUGAUGAAGUUCUGAAAUAUUACACAUAGUAUCUCAAUAUUUUGUUUUAGAUAUUUUUAUAUUGUUUUGGCCAAGUGUAUUGAUGGGUAGCAAUGUGGAAUGUAUUGAAGGUAUAUGGUGUUGGUAGAGGUUGCUAAUGAUAGAGUGGUUGAGUAUGUGAGAUAAAUAAGAAUUAGAACAUUCAAGGAAGAAAUACAUGGGCAAGAAUAGAAACUCCUCUGUGGUGGCCAUUCCCUGUAUGAUACGACUGGAACAUUAGUCCCAAAUGUGUAGAUUUUUUGCAUAUAGGCACAUAUAUGAAUUACAUUGAUAUUUUUAUCAUAGAUAUGUAUUUUUUUACUUAGUACUUGCAUAUUUUUAUUUCAUAGUAUUUAGUGUUUCCAAAGAUGUGCAAAUAUUCUUAUUAUUUUAGAGUGGCUCAUAGAAUUUGAAUAUGUUUGUGCAUAUUGCUGAUAGAUGGCUUUGAUGGAGGAAGUUGAAGUACAUCAGUAACAGAUUCAUUUGGUAUUUUGAUUAAUUUUAUUUUCAAGAAUUUCCAUGUUAAAUGAAAAACAAUAUGUGGUUAAAAUGAAGUCCUGGGCUUCCAAAAGUAGCACUGUCAGUUUGCAGUUUAGUUGGCCCUGAAUGGAUAAGAUGUGACAUACAAUGCAGUUUUGUAAUAAGAUUUAGCACAAUGCUGAAUGCUUAGAAAAGAUUUAAAGCACAUGGUAUCUGUGUAUUGUAACAUGACAAAGGUUGUGUGUGUGUGUGUGUGCGUGUGUGUGUGCAGAUACAUUAACAAAUAUUUGCACAUAAUUCCCAUAGGAGACAUUCCUUGUGUGUUUCUCACCAAACAGUUUUCUUUGCUUUAUAGCACAGCCAAGUCACAAAAUCUCUCUCUCUCUCUCUCUCUCUCUCUCUCUCUCUCUCUCUCUCUCUCUCUCUCUCUCUCUCUCUCUCUCUCUCUCUCUCUCUCUCUCUCUCUCUCUCUCUCUCUCUCUCUCUCUCUCUCUCUCUCUCUCUCUCUCUCUCUCUCUCUCUCUCUCUCUCUCUCUCUCUCUCUCUCUCUCUCUCCACAAACACAUUCAAAUUCACAGGGAACAUUCCCACAUUUUAUACUGUUGAAAAAUACUUCAUCAUUCACUAACAAAAGUACAAGUGCAGUAUUAAGUACAAGUUUUAGAUGCAUUAUUAUUCUUGGGACAGGCAGUAGGCACAUAGUAGUCAGUGAGUGUGUCUGGAGUGUGGCCUGCAUAACAAGUAGGAGAAAGGAAGUAGGGGGGGUAGAAUGAAGAAAUAGAGGAGAUUGCAAAUUAAAAGGUUGGAAAGGAAAAUCUUCAGCAGAUACUGACUUGAAAUAGGUGAGAGAGAGAGAGAGAGAGAGAGAGAACAUUUGUAGAUUUCUCAAGUGAGCAUUCAAUGGCAGCUUUUUUUAUUAAUAGUAUAACUACUACCUCAAAGCACAACAUGUUGCAUUUCUCCACUUAUAUUUUCAUGAUCUGAGUACAUGUAAAAUUCUUGCAUCUUUUCACUUGGCAACUGCUCUUAAUUCCCUCCUACAUCAGCUGAAUUGUGGGGGUCUGUGAGUUGUCUGUCUGGUUCAUGUUCUGCAAGGUUGUCCUGUCGUGUGACUAACUAACCAGAGUUUUUAUUUAGCAAUGACCUAAAUUAAUUAUGUUUCCUAUGUUCUGUGUGCAACAUGUCUAAUACAUUGUAUAGCUUUAUCUUGACAA